CGCUACCGGCUGCAGGAGCGCUGCCGCAUCAGCCUGGCCGCCUGCCCGGGCAGCCAGCUCUCCCUGCACAUCCUGCCCCGCUCCGACUACGUCUGCUGCCACAUCUCCAUAGCUGUGCGCCUCAUCCCAGCCAUCCCCCUGGGGGACUCGCUCUAUCUCAUCGCCCUCCCGCUCGGCGCCCGGCGCGCCCAGCCCGGCGCCGCCUGCCCCCCGCAGGCCCUUUGGGAGCUCAACGUUUCUAAGCAGGAGCAGCGGUUGCUGGGCUGGCUCAAGGAGCAGACCCCGGCCAACUCCUGCCACCUCAAGUGCCUGCAAAUCCUCAAGGGGCUGCGGGAUCUGAGCGGCCGAGGCUUGGAGCCGCCCUUCGGCGCCCAGUGGAGCCGCGUCCUCUCCUCCUAUAUCCUCAAGACGGCGCUUUUCUCCCUGCUGCUGCGGGGCCCCUGGCACGCCUGGGAGGAGCAGUUCCUGGUGGAGCGGCUGGAGGACCUGGUGCUGUACCUCAGGGACAGCCUGCAGAAGCAGGUGCUGAUGCAUUUCUUCUUGGGCAACUCCAGCCUGCCCGAGGCCGUGCCCCUGCCGAAGCUCCUGAAGGAAGCGGCUCCCGUCAAUCUGCUGGCUGCCUUUGACGCCCCUACUCUAGACUUGGCCGCUUUCCAGCUGCUGAACACCUGGAACCAGGCUCCUCGGAUCAUCCGAAUGUACAGUAAUCCCCGGUACUUGAGGAAGAGUCCUGCGUUGUGUAAACACCUCACCGACACCGGCCAAGAGCCCCAAAGCAACUGAGCCAUCACCUAGGGGCCUCUGGCAGUGCCUUUGAGGCAUGUAUUGGAAGGCCAAAGUACAUACCUGUGCAGCUAGUAAACUGCCUGAGGUUCCUAAGAGAGAGAGAGCUACCUGCCUAAUAUCAUUAGCUGUGGUUCUGUGUUUGUUUCCGAGUCCAGGUAAUCGGGGAAAUCCAAAGUUCAAAACUUUAAGAAAUACUGAAGUUUUAAGAUCUUAAUAGCUUUGUUGUGAUGGUUAUUCAUGAAGAAGUUUUGAAACUUCCAGGAAAGUGCCUUAAUUAGAAAACAUUACAAAUUACCACUUAUAAACCUAAUUUUAAUAUCAGAGAGGGGUUCUUAAUGAUGAAUUUGGAGUGUCAUCCUUAAAGUUUAAAAGUGACCCUGUCCAGUGCCUUCUUUUAAUGCAAAAGAUAAUCGGGAUCAAAGAUAAAUAGCAUUCAGGAAAAAACAAGUCAGUUAAGGUACUUUUUUGAGGUGGAGGAGGAGCCAGUGUGUUUCUUGCUCCUAAACACAGGUUGAAAUAUUUAUUCAGUGAGGUAUUCAGUGAUUGUCCUUGUGAUUUAAUAUACUGUGCUAAAUGUAGAAUAAUAUGCAAAUUAAUAUAAAUUAAAUUAUGAGGCAUGAAAUUAAAACAUAUUUGACAAAAGUAUGAAGAAUCUAUUUGUACAUUUGUGUUAAAAUGAAGGUCACUCUGAAAGAUUAAAAUAUAAUUAUGCAGCUCAUAGAUAAAAGAAGAACAAUAGCACUUUAUUUCCAUAAAGGCCUUUAUUUUCUGGUAAUUGGCUGCACUAUUUAGUUUGAAUAUAGAAGAGGCAUUAAUAUUUUCUAUUAAAAAUGGAUAGUUGUGUAAAUCUUCAAUAAGCAUUCUAUCUUAGUUGUUAGAUCUGAAGCAUUUGUUUAAGGUUGUCAUACCUUAACUACCAGACCUCCCCCACAUUUUGUUUGCUAGAGCUAAAAUAACUCCAACAUAUGGUGGUAUAAACUAGCUGGUGCACUCAUAUGUUCUUCAUUGAUAGAUCAGUAAGGCUCUUUAGGGAUCAGCUAACCAAACUCUUGAACUGUAGCAGCAUUAUGGUCUGCAGCAGAUUUGGAGAUAGCAGAAGUGAGGGGCGGUAAUUGUAAUGCAGCAAAUAUUUUUUUGUAAAAAUUAUUUGAGUGCCUUAAAGUUCCCAAGUUUUGGGAACAAGUUAUGGUACAAUAAAGGACUUUGGUGUCCCUUUAAUGUAAGUACUAGCCAGAUAUUUCCACGUGUGGAUCGGUUGAGAAUACCUCAUACAACAAGUUCUCAAUCUGUAAUGAGCACUUACUGUCUUUGAACAGUAUACAUUAAUAGUUUCGUUUUGGAUUUUAGCUGAGAAAAUGCAUUUGACCUUAUGGGCCAUAGUUGCAUUAAAUUAGUGUGUAGAAAAGGAUCAGAACACUUCUAUAUGCUUUUUAAAAGUGUACUUUGUUUCCAAUAUAAAUAGUAAUACAAAAUAUGUUUCCACAGAUUCUGAGAUCACAUCCUUGAACAUAGAAUGUAUUAAGGCAUCAAGCCUAUAAUUGAUUUUUUUCAUAUGCAUAAGGUUAAGCACAGGCCUGUUUGUAGAAUUGAGUCCUAUGUAGACAAUCUGCUGUGCUUAAUUUUAAAUUAAUCUGGAACAGCUGGAGAUGUUUGGAAUAAUGUAAAACUGUUAACAUUUCGGAAUAUUGCUCCAGAUAUGUUAUGCUGGUGUUCUCUAUCUGUAGUUGUACAUGAUAGAAAAUAGCAAACUUUUAAAAACAACCACAGAGCUUCAUAAAGUCUAGUUUAGUAAACUAAAAGCUUCUCCAGUUAUAAAUGCAUGUUUUCAUUGUAUUUGGUUUUUAAACUGCUUUCACGGUCUUAUUUUCAGGUAAUUUACAACCUACUGUCAUUUUCUCAAGUUGGGUUAUUUUUAUAUGGAGCGUUGGUUUUCUCUUUGGGCAAAUACAAAGCUGUCUAUGUGUAAUGUUGAGGACUGUGCUAACCAUGUGGAUCUAAGUGAGCUACCUUAGUGCAUGUUUGUAGGCCAAAAUGUUUACUGUUUUGCAGACUUGUGUCACUUGAUAUAGGAUUGCCAGCAGUCCAGACCUAGGCACACAUGCAAGGAGUGUUAGCCUGCAGUCCUUGAGUCAGUAGAAUUUUGCCUGAGGGAGGUGUAGAGAAUCAGGCCCAGGAUAUUGUGGUUGCCUGGAGCAGUUAAUACACAUGCAGGUCAACAGUUAAUUCUGGCAAUAUGGUGACCUUAGUGCACUGUUUGUUUUCAUCAGUGUGUAACACUUUUGUUUUCAAGUGGGACUAUGUAUAUUUUGGUUUGUGUUCCAUACAGGCUUAUUUAAUACAUGGAAACCUAUUUGAUUUAAUGCAGCUUUUUUGUUGCUGUUAAACUCUGAUACUACAAAAAGAAAAUUACAAAAAGAAUUGAGAUUUUGGGGGAUAUAAGUAGGUUGAAAAAGAAACUUGGGGCAAGGACAAAUGAGGAAAAGAAACACUUGAUAAAAGAACAGUGCAAGUAAUCCAAAGGACACAGAGGCAGAUGAAAGAAACCUGUAGAAGAGGCAUGAAAGAUUUGGGUUGAGGUAGAGGGAAAGUGAUUUAACCAUGUUAAGCCAUGCUUCCAAAAUGUAUAUAAAAUAAAGAUAGAUUUUAGGGGUGGGGCUUCCACCCCUAUGUUGCAGUCAUCUGCAAAACUCCCAUUGAUGUAAGGUUACUAACAAUUUCAAAUCAAGCUGAUCUUUAAUGGGAGCUUUUGCUACCUAAGGCUUAUGUGAGCUGAUAUUCUUGGUGAGAUGAGCAAACCAAAGCACUGACCCUACAAAUACUUACGCACCUGUUUUUACUUCAAUCACAUAAGUAGUUCUGUUGAAGCCAAUGGAACUAUUUACGUGAGUAAAUUUAAGUUUACACUCAGCUGAUGCAGGAAAUCUCUCCACUGAACAGCUGCUCUGGCUUAGGGACUUGAAUGGGUAACCAGUAAGUAUUACUAUUACUGGUAACCGCUUAUCUUGCAACUCCAUGGGCUAGAGUGGGCAAUUAUUUUUGACUGGGGACCACUUCAGAAAUUUUUGAAGUAGCCCCAGGCUGCCCCGGAAGGGGCGGGGCCUUAGGAGGAGCAGGGUGAAGACACUUCUGUCCUUCUCCACUCAUAGACCCUGAUUUGGCCUAUGAGAGGGGGAGUGCAUGAAGUCUUUGCCCCCACACCGUCAGAGAGAACCACCAGCUGUUCUGAACAGCUGGCUGUUCCCUCUAAGUGCCAGUGCCCCUGGUGAUGGGAGGAGACUUUGGGUGCUCCUGUCCCUGCCCCCAGGUCAAUCAGGGCUUGGGAAUGGGGAAAGCAUGUGAAGUCUGCCCCCGCCCUACAGUGGAGCUCUGGGCUUAGUCACCUGCCAGCUGAGCAGCAGCUGGCAAUUGACUCUUAAGUACCCAGCCCCAUGGAGGGUGGGAGGAGACUUCACGCAUUUAUCCCCGCCCCCAGGCCCUGAUUGGCCGGGGGUGGGGGAGCAACAGGCCCUCCCUAGGCCAGAUCAAUCCACUUAGUGGGCCGGAUCUAGCCCAUGGAAGCCCUUUUGCUUACCCCUGGGCUAGGGGCAGCUUCCGCAGGGCUAGGCCUCCUGCCUGUAGGAUCCCACUUAAUUGGUUAACUGGUUAAAAGUGAUGUUUAACUGGUUAAUUGAUUAAACAGGAUUUUACAUCCCCGCUCUAGUCUGUGCAUUUAUAGUAUUGACCGGUAUUUCCUGUAUCUCCUAUAAUGCCUACAUCCAUAGGUAUGCAUAUUAUGUUUGAUUAAACUGACAAUUGAAAAUUGAGUUUGUUAGAAUAUUAACAGUCUAUGCCAAAUGAAAUAUGGUUGUGUGACUAUUAAUUUCUGGUGCUAUCUUUAGGGUCUUACCUGCAAAUAUGCACAUGAAGAAUUUGACCCACAUGAGUAAUUUCCCUAAAGGGAGAGCUCACAUGAGUAAAGUUCCAUGCAUGUAUUUGCAGGAUUGGGGCCUUACUUGUUACAAUGUAAUGUAGAUUGAACAUUAUAGUUUAAUUUAAAAAUAAACAUGUUUCUUAGACACUACUGUGUAUUUUAACUACAUAGCAAUUUUAAGGUCUUAGUAUAACCAAGGCUGUCAUUCUUUUGAGAAAAGCAAUGUCUAAAAGGGAAUAAAUUGAGAUAUGCAUAUGAAUUUUUGCUACUGCAUAUUUAUUGCCCCCAUGUUCUAAAAAUUAGUGUUAAUUGUUAAGUUAGCAUCAUUUGUAAAAUAAGAUGUUGAUUAAAUGACUUUAAAGCAUUCCUCUUUUCACUUUUGGAUUUUCUGGCAAAACAAUCCAAACUAAGUGUCUGUUUGACAUGGAUGUUCAUGGUACAGUUAUUUUUGCUGGUUAAUAAUCAGACCAAAGAUUUAACUAAGUGUUGUUCAGCUGCUAUUGUUUUAAAGUGUUUAUAUGCUUAAAAUGUCAGCCUGUUUGAAACAAAUGUUCAUAAACUCUUCUAUUUAAUAUCCAAAUACAUGUGCACUUUUAUUGUUUCAGCAAAAAGUUGGAGUUUUUGUUACUCAUUUUUAAUAUUUCACUAUAUAUUAAUAAACAGCUGUUUUUGAAACCUGUGCUUAAGUGGCUUAAUAGUG